ACCCUCAAAUCACACAUUCACAAUGGCUCAACAAAAUCCAUAUGGUCCAAACCCAGGCGAUUUUCUCUCCAACGUCUCCAACUUCCAGUUGAUCGAAUCCACCUUGAGAGAGGGUGAGCAAUUCGCCAACGCGUUCUUUUCUUCUGAGAAGAAGAUUGAGAUUGCCAAGGCCUUGGAUGACUUUGGUGUCGACUACAUUGAGUUGACCUCCCCUGUCGCCUCCGAACAGUCGCGUAAGGACUGUGAGGCUAUUUGCAAGCUCGGCUUGAAGGCCAAGAUCUUGACCCACAUCAGAUGCCACAUGGACGAUGCCAGAGUCGCCGUCGAAACCGGUGUUGACGGUGUCGACGUUGUGAUUGGUACUUCUCAGUUCUUGAGACAAUACUCUCACGGCAAGGACAUGAACUACAUUGCCGAGUCUGCGGUUGAAGUUAUUGAGUUUGUCAAGUCUAAGGGAAUUGAAAUUCGGUUCUCGUCUGAGGACUCGUUCAGAUCCGAUAUUGUCGAUUUGUUGAAUAUCUACCGUACCGUCGAUAAGAUUGGCGUCAACAGAGUUGGUAUUGCCGACACCGUCGGGUGUGCCAACCCUAGACAGGUAUACGACUUGGUCCGUACCUUGAAGUCUGUUGUCUCUUGUGACAUCGAGUGCCAUUUCCACAAUGAUACCGGUUGCGCUAUUGCCAAUGCCUAUACUGCCUUGGAAGCUGGUGCUAGAUUGAUUGAUGUUUCCGUCUUGGGGAUUGGUGAGAGAAACGGAAUCACCUCUCUUGGUGGUUUGAUGGCCAAGAUGAUUGUCUCCGACAGGGACUAUGUUUUGUCCAAGUAUAAGUUGCACAAGUUGAGAGACUUGGAGAAUUUGAUUGCCGACGCUGUCCAGGUUAACGUUCCAUUCAAUAACCCAAUCACUGGUUUCUGUGCCUUUACCCACAAGGCUGGUAUCCACGCCAAGGCUAUUUUAGCCAACCCAUCCACUUACGAAAUCUUGAACCCAUCUGAUUUUGGUUUGACCAGAUACAUCCAUUUUGCCAAUAGAUUGACUGGUUGGAAUGCCAUCAAGUCUCGUGUCGACCAGUUGAACUUGCAUUUAACCGAUGAUCAAUGCAAGGAUGUUACCGCCAAGAUUAAGUCUAUGGGCGAUGUUAGAUCCUUGAACAUUGAUGAUGUUGAUUCUAUUAUCAGAGAGUUCCAUGCUGAUGUCUCUGAGCCAGCUACUAAGAAGCAGAGACUUGAGUCCACUCCAGUGUGUACCGACCCAAUUGAACCAGAGACAAGUGCUUAGUUUUUUUUUUUAUUUAAUAAAAAAAAUUCUUGGUUUGGGUCUCUUCUUCUGUCGAUUAUUUUGGUAUAUAUUUUGGCAUUACUGUAUAUUAAUUAUUAACUGCUUUUAAAAUAGGUAAGUCUAGUAUG